AUGAACGCGCUUGAUGAACUGAACUUCCGUCUUGGUAUUGGUCCAUCACGGCCGCGGCUGCCCAUUACACUGCAGCGAUCUGGCUAUACUCCUGUACGGCUGUUGGGAAAGGGCAGUUUCGGCAAUGCGUAUCUCGUCUAUCACGCUGAACGGAAGGAACAUUAUGUAGUCAAGCAUGUGAAUAUGUCUAGCAUGACUGCACGGCAGCGCAAAGACGCACAUCAGGAGAUUGCCGUAUUGCAACAAUUGGAGUAUCCAAACAUUAUUCGUUAUGUAGAGUUUUAUGAGGAACAUCCACAUUUGUAUAUUGUGAUGGAGUAUGCUGAUGGUGGUGAUGUCUACACACACCUUAAACAUCUACGCAGUAGUGUAUGGGCACUUGGUAGUGGUGGAAGUGGAGGAUUAACAGAGGAGCAGGUGAUUAGUCUUUUUGUUCAAACUACUAUGGCAGUAAAAUAUAUGCAUGAUCGACGUUUACUACAUCGUGAUAUUAAAUCCCAAAAUGUUUUUCUUACGCAUAAUCAUGUAGUAAAAUUGGGUGACUUUGGCAUUAGUACAGUCUUGAUGAGUACUGUCGCAAUGGCACAGACCAUGUGUGGAACUCCAUGCUACUUCUCACCGGAAUUAUGUCAAGGCAAACCAUAUAAUAAUAAAUCCGAUGUUUGGGCAUUGGGAAUAUUAUUAUAUGAAUUGUGUACAACAGGUCGAUUGCCAUUUGAGGCAACAACCAUGAAUCGACUCAUGGAUGAUAUUUGCCAUAAAGAACCACGACGUAUUCCAUCCAGUUUCUCAGAAGAGUUAUGGAAUCUUGUUCAAUGGAUGUUAAAGAAAGAUCCAAGACAACGUCCAGAUGCGGGGCAAAUUCUCCGAUCUCCAGUACUCGUGCGGGCCAUUCCUGAUGUUGUGAAGAAACUAAGUGCCACCGAUCCCCGCUGUGAAGUGGAGUACUCUCGUCUAUUGGGAUCAGACGCAAAGCCACUACCACCAGUUCGACCAGGUGUAGAAUUACAGAAUCAACUAUCACAUCAACAUCAACAUCAAAAGCAAGAGGAUGGGAAAGAACAUGGACGAGCGGGAAUGUUUCCUUCUUCUGGUUUGGUUGCAGCUGUAGUGGCUGCAGGGGCUAAACGUCAUGAUUUAUUUCGCAAACCAAAUGAUGAAUAUCCAUUUAGUCGUGGAGAUGCUGUGGGGAAUGGCCGGCAGGGUCUAGAGCUGAACAGACCAGUAAAGCCACCACCAUCACCAUCUCCACUACUGCGAGAACAGAAGAAGAAAGAGGAAAAAGAAUAUGGAUUAGCUCCACUAAAGGCACCUCUUGCAGGAGAAGGAGCAGGAGGAGGACAAGCAGCAGAAGGUGGGGAAUCAAAGUAUAACCCUAUUCUUCUACAAGGAAAGGUAAAUUAUUUCAAGGGGAAAGAUGUAGGAGUAAAGAACGACCAUCGUGAAUCUCCAUAUGGCUUGAAUGAACCUCGUGAGAAUGUAGUAGAUAAAAAUCUCAAAGAGAAAAAAGAUGCUGUUACUAGUGCAGUAAAUAAAGAGCAAAAAUCACAACAAGAUCCACAAAAACGAUCACCUCCAAAGAAACCAAUUGCUAAAGUGGCCUUACAAGAUUUAUUUCUAUUAUAUGAUGAGAAAAAGAAACGUAUUAUACAAGAACGUGAACAACGUUCUAAUGUGCGGAAUCCAAUGAAUUAUCAACCUAAAGAUGCUAUUUCUUUCCGUGGAAAAUCAGCAGAAGCAGCAGCAGUUCCAAUAGAUGCUGAAAGAUCUGAACUAUCAGAGAAUGUACAAAGACAAAAUUCCCCACAACCACCAACACCACCACCAAGACGAAAGUUAAGUGAUGUUCUAGAAGAAAAAGCAAAUGAAGAGGUAACGAAGAAGGAAAAGGAUAUUAAUCCUUCUUUAACUCCUGCAUCUCAAAAUGAAACUGUAGAAAAAAUGAUUGGUGAAGAUGCUGAUAAAAAAGGAAAUGUGGAGUCGCAAAAUGAACUUGCAUUCGUCUUACGUGAACUAACCAAUCAUUUUGAAUCUGUUCAUAGUAGUAUGGCUCGUUCACAGAGUGGACGUAGUAGUCCUGGUAUGAAUGCCACACCCCGGCGUCACAUUAGUGAGACAGGUAGUAAUGAAGAUGAUAAUAAUAAUAAUAAUCGUAGUCCUUCUACUCCCUCUCAAGGGAUAGGGGAAGGGGAAGAAAAGGAUAUUCUUGGUAAUGCAGAUUAUGAUGAUUAUAAUGUUCAUGAUGAGGAUCCUGGACAAGAGUUUGCAGAUGCGAUGGGAACUACCCUGGAUUUAAAGAGUUUACAACGUUCACCCACCUCACCUGGGGCGAUUCCAGUGGAAAGUGAUGGUAACGCCAUGCAGGAACGCAUUCCAUUAAAUAUUGCACGUUACGCUGCGGUAUCUCCAGCACGCUCUCAAGCUAUACCGUCUCUUUCUGCCUCAGGCCGACAAGGCCGAGAUGCUUUACGGAAUAUGGAUGAAAAGAAUAAUAAUAAUAAUAAUAAUAAUAAGGGUGAAGUACAGACAGAUGGGGUUUCUUUAAUGAAGGAACAACCAACAUCAUCUCCCAGUCAAGGUGUUAUUCCAGGAGAAGAAUAUGCGGUAGAUGGAUUGAUGGAAGAAUAUGGUCCACCUUUUAAUGGUGGAUGUUUAUGUGAUGGAGUACAAUUCAAUGGUGAUGCCUCUACUAUAUACGGUAGUUUUGUCUGUAAUUGUGUGGUGUGUUCAAGAUUCUCUGGGGCAAUGAUGGGUGUAGAAUGGCUACAUCUUCCUGAUGUUUCGCUAGAAGCCUUCUUUUCUACACUGACAGAAAUACAAGGUGAGGAAACACCUGCUGCUGCUGCUAAAUUAAAUGAUGUAACACCAGCAGGGGCAGGCGUGGUAGCAGCACAGGCACUUGCAAAGGCCUCUACACCAUCUGCAGCAAGGAGAAAUGAAGCAGCAGCAACAGCAGCAGUAGUAGUAGGAAAAUCUGAGGAAAAAGGAAAAGAGGGAAAAGAUGUAGCUGUGCUUAUGCCAUCCUUAACCAGACUUGUAUUGGAAGUCCCUGUGGCGAGUGGAGGCAAUACAGAUGGUAAUGACGACAGCAACAACAACAACAACAACAACAACAACAAAAAUGAUGAUGACAAUAAAGAUGUCACUGGAGUGCAGGUAAUGGGGGAGUUCACGGUAUAUUUCUGCAGUAGAUGUGGUUGUACAAUUGGUAUGACCCAUUAUGAUAUUGAAGGUGGGCUACUCGCCAAAGCGGCACUUUCUGAUGUGAGUCUCGCGGUUUUGGAGUCUUUCCAACAGACCGUGGGGCAAACCACUAUGUAA